UAUAGAAAGCUUUACGUACACGUGACUUGCUUUCCCUCCAUAAGUUUCGUAAUCUAUGUCUCGAAAGUGAGGUGUUCACACGUUUCAUUAAAUAAUGUAGUUUGGCAAUUUAGAAUGUACACGAUGAAAAUUUUUACGACAGUUUUAAGGAUGAUGUUAGAAAUAUCGGUGUUUUGUACAGGAAAAACUUUCUAAUGAAGGUUAUAUGUUACUGUCCAGCAACGAAUUUUGUACAUUCGCCAUACAGAAGAACGUGGUGCUAACGUUACAACCAGCUAUAGUGGAACGAGAUAACAACUGCACCCUAAUUUGCACGUAUGAUUUAGAAGACGUCCCUUUGUACACAGUAAGCUGGUAUAGGGGCAUCAAAGAAUUUUAUCGAUAUACACCUAAUGAAACGCCAUCUAUAAAAGUAUUUGAAACUCCAGGAAUAAACGUAGCAAAAGACCAAUCGAAUAGCACUCAAGUAGUGCUUCGCAAAGUCGAAUUUAAUUUGUCUGGAAACUUUACGUGCGAAGUAACUACGGAGAAGGCAUUUUCUACGAGGCAAGACGUCCAAGUGAUGCAAGUUGUUCAACUACCAGAUGACGCACCCACGAUCAGUGUUGGCAGAGAACCCUUAGAUUACGGCGAUGAACUAAUAGCUAAUUGCAUGUCUCGACCGUCUAGACCACCAGCCAUGUUAAAAUUUAUAUUAAAUAAUAGAACGGUAGCUCGUACUGAUCCCUUUCAAAAGCGAAUACCACCAGAACCGUCAUGGAGCGAUUUACUGUUAAACCUAACAUUAACCGAAGAUCAUUUCAGAACUGGGCGGUUAAUUUUACGCUGCGAAGCACGAAUAGAAAAUAUAUAUCAUAAAUAUGCGGAAUUGAAGCUGAACACCGCCAGAGAUCCAAUUCCGGAGCGAGUAAGCGCUUACGAUUCGAGCCAUUCCAUUGAGAGAAUAACAAUCGUGAAGCUUAUAAUUAUUAAUUUAAUAUCAUCCAUGUUUAAAUAAUUUAUGGCAUUUGUACAUUAGUGUUCAGGGUUUUAGAAUAUCAAAUUGCAGUCUAUUUUUUAACGUAAACGAUGUUCUAUGACCUCUUACUUGUUAUACAUUUUGUAUGGACCUAGUCAACGCCACCGAUUUCUGUAUAUGUAUCACGUUUCGUUUGGUGUAAUUUGUUUAUGAUUUAUAUUCGACACAGUUUUAUUGAUUGCUAAUAGUGAUCGGUAAUACAUGUUGCAAGGUGUAAACUGUGAUAAUAUUAAUAAAAACAUUAACUGAG